AGGCGAUCGAGCAGAUCGUUCCUGAUCAAAGCGACUGCCUGCGACCGACCUUUGCACCGGGGCUGCUGCUGCUGCAGAUUCGCUGCCCAGCAACCGACGCCAAAGCCAACACCGCUUGCCUGCCUUGCCGAGGACAUCGACAACCGCGAGCAACUCCUCGUCUCCAUCAGCACAGACACAUCUCCAUGUUCACAAAGCUUGCCCGCCUCAGUGCCCUCAGCUGGAUCGCCCCACAGCGGGCGCUCAUGGCCCGGCCCACAGUCCAACUCAUGAGCUCGACAGCAGCCUGCCGGGAGGGCGCUCGCCUUGGCCUUCCCGUCCUCACGCCUGCCCCGACACCGGCCUUCCCCAUCUCGGACGGCACCGGCCCAACCCCGUCGCUCAAGUGGACACCCGAGUCAAAGCGGGUGGGACUCAUCGGGCUGAAGCGAGGCAUGACCACCAUCUGGGACGAGUGGGGUGUGCAGACCCCCGUGACCAUCAUUCAGAUCGUCGACAACCAGGUGAUCGACUCGCGCUUCAACAGCAAGUGCGGCUCGUGGAUGGUCACCAUCGGGGCCGUCGACGAGCCCGACCAUAAGGUCAUCGCAAAGUCGGUUCUGUAUCACUACCGCAAGUACGGCAUCAGCCCCAAGAAGGUGCUGCGCGAGUUCCGCGUCUCUCCCGAUGCUUGCUUGCCAUCAGGUCUGAAGCUGCAUGCCAGCCACUUUUUGCCGGGGCAGUAUGUCGACUGCAAGGGCAACUCCAUCGGAAAGGGCUUCCAGGGCGGUAUGAAGCGCCACGGAUACAGCGGUCUCCGUGCAUCGCACGGUACCUCCAUCUCCCACCGUUCGAUCGGCUCCACGGGUAACCGCCACGACCCCGGCAGAGUCUUCCCAGGCAAGAAAAUGCCGGGCCGAAUGGGAGGUACCAGCGUGACGGUUCAGAAUCUGAAGAUUAUGAAAAUCGAUGCCCACAACAAUCUGCUGUACAUCAAGGGCGCCAUCCCUGGCUUCGACGAUGCAUACAUCCGAGUCCGGGAUGCCGUCAAGGCCGGAUAUCGUGGCAAGGUGUUCCCCAAGGACACCAGCGUUCCCUUCCCGACCUUCAUGGAGAACCCCCAGACCCUGCCACGAGAGCUGCUCCCGUCGCCGCCUGAAAAGGGAGCCUUCGAUCCCAUGACCCGACCCAAGCGAGAGAGAAUCAUCUAAACGCAAGAUAGUUUGUUGGUGGAGGGGCAGGCGCGGAGCCCUCCGCGCUUCUGCACCCAUCACACUGCGCCCUGUCUGCAAUCUCGAGCUUGCGGUGGAUGUAAACCCAGCGAUGGUUUAGGCGCGGACACAUGCUGCAUGAUGAAGGAUCCUGGAUGUGCCACGACGGAUGUGGGAACUGGAGCGAGCCUUCCUGAGAGCGCAUCAUUUUUGUUGGCACAAUACACUUCACGGCCGCUCUCGGCAUAUGACCUUGAGUUGUGGCAGUUUGGGACAGCUGUGU